GAACUGUGUCAGUGUCGGCCUAUAGAUGGGAACUGCUCUUGCUGUAAGGAAUGCAUGCUGUGUUUGGGCACCUUGUGGGACGAGUGCUGUGACUGCGUAGGGAUGUGCAACCCCAGGAACUACAGCGACACUCCCCCGACCUCCAAGAGCACGGUGGAGGAGCUGCAGGAUCCCAUCCCCUCCUUGUUCCGCGCCCUGACAGAGGGAGAUUCGCACCUUCACUGGAACAUCGUGUCCUUCCCCGUCUCCGAGGAGCUCUCCUACCACGAGAACCUGGUCUCCUUCCUGGAAACCCUGGACCUGGCUCAGCUACAGAACGUAUCACUGCCGGAGAACAACCCUCAUUCACAGCUCGAAAGCGAGAAAGAGCCGCUCUGCACAGUGGUCUACUUCGAUGACUGCAUGUCCAUCCACCAGUGCAAGAAUUCCUGCGAGUCCAUGGGCGCAUCAAAGUACAGGUGGUUUCACAAUGCCUGCUGCGAAUGUGUGGGUCCUGACUGCAUCGAUUAUGGCAGCAAGGUGGUCAAAUGCAUGAACUGCACCUUUUGAAGACAGGAACUGCGCAAAAUAUGCUUGCAACGGAGUGUAUCGCACAGCCCUCGCUAGACGUGGAGAUCUUUUUUUCCGUGACUUGUUUUUAAUGGGAAAUAAUAAAGAGGAUGGGAGGGAGGGAGAAAGAAAGAAAGAAAAAAAUCAGGGAGGACACCUGAUUGAAUUGUGUGUAACGGCUCCAGAGCAAGAAAAGAUUGAUGGUGAAAUUCUUGUUAAAUGAGGUUUUGUGCUUUUUAAAAAAUAUAUUUUUUUAAAGGUUUCUCUCCCCGCCCCUCCUCCCCCUGGCUAAAACUCUGCACUUCCUUCAUUUUUACGCUUAAGAAUGUAUAUGUAGAUCAGAUGUCAGGCAGUUGAAGCAGAUGCAAGUCUUUCUAAAAUCGCUUGUCAGGACUUUUUUUUAUUAAAAAGGAGUAUUUCUACAACGGAUCUUUUGUAAUUUAAACAAAAAAAUGUGCCCCGUUUAAAAACAAAUUGUGCCGAGGUAUGUAGAUAUUCACAUGAUGUAGAUUUACUGUCAUUAAAUUGAUGCUUUCCUGAUGUAUUCCUCCACCAGCUACUUACUCAAAAGUCAUUUUCGUGCUGAAUAAAUUGUUGUGUUACGACGGGGGAA